AGGCCAGUGGUACGCGAAACUCAUUUACUACGCGCUCGUGCGACGACCGGCACGCGGCGACCGUUCCCUCGCGCAGUAACACAGCAACCGUUGCGCGCGCGGCGUCACCGUGAGAGAGAGUGUGAGGCUUUACUCCAUCACCGCGCACGACACGCACACGUCCACCGCCGUCCCCUCAGGCUCAUACUCUGUGCAUCACGCUGACGAGAAUCCACUGAUAGCAGACCGAUCGCCAUGGCAGAAGAGUAUUUAUAUGGAAUCACCCUCGAGGGGCCGAACGCGAGCGAGGUAUGGGACCCGGAACACAAGAACUCCGACGACUCUGACGGCGCGGCCCAGCACAUCGGCGCCGAUCAGAAGCUCAUUAUAAAAAUGGCUCUUCUGGGACCAGAGGCUAAAGCCGGAGAGCUCAAUGUCUUACAGGUCGAGGCGAUGGGAUUAAAGGGACCCAUCAAAACUCCAAUUGCCUUGCUGGAGAUGGGAAAAACGGCACAGAUUAUUCUUGAUCUUAGCUUUCCUGAUCCUCCAGUUACGUUCACAUUGGUGAAGGGCAGUGGGCCUGUUCAUAUAGUAGGACACAAUCUCCUUGGUGCCCACAUUGAAGAAUUUGAUGACAUAGAUGAUGAAAUGGAAGAAGAAAACAUUGAUGAUGAGGAUGAUGAGAAGGAUCCUGAAGAUGAAGACGAUGAAGACGACGAACCUAAGAAGAAGAACGCUAAAUUAGCAGCUGCAGCUAAAUACAAAAAUCAGGCUAACAAGAACAAGAAAAAAUAAACUCGAGCCUUAACAUUAUGGGAAUAAAACAAACUCUUAAGUUAAGAUAUUACAUAAGUCCAUUAUCAUCCGCGUUUGUGCGAAUCUAGUAUCAUUUCAUCAGAUUACCACACGAGACAAAACGGUUGCCUUUCACCUUUCUAAAACACAACUGGACCGACAAAAUAUAAUAUUAUGUUUAAUUUUCAAGUAAUUUGAGAUAAUUUCAUCAAUUUGCUCAUGAAAAGGUAAUUUUUUAUACUUAAAAAAAUAAAGUGUGCUUUAACUGAUCUUUUUAUGCUUUUUUUCAAAGAAAAUUUCGUUACAAUAUAAUCUUAGUUGUACAGACAUAGUGUGCAUCUUUCUAGUGUGCAUACUCGAAUAUUUUGCGAGAUAAUGUUUAUUUAAUGAUGUAAAAAUUGCGACAUUAAAGAAAAGAUGUUUGCAAGAUCUUUAUAAGUACAGUUUCUCUGUCUUCAAAAAGUGACCUCUUAUUAUAUUAGAGUAUUUGCAUUACUUGAGUUAAUAAUUGAAUUUGUUCUGUUGAUAAGAUUUUGUCAUUGAUUGAAGAAGAAAAACGUUAAAAUAAAUGUUUUUUUUUUAAUGAAUUAUUAAAAAUUAUAUGACACAAAUAUAUAGUUUUGGCAUAAUAAAGCGUUAUAUUGAAUAAUUUCUGGCCCAGUUGUUGUUACUAUAAAAUUUGUGGAAAGCAUGAAUGGAUCUACUGUGACAAAUUUUGCAUUUUUAGUUUUUUUCUGAUAUCGUGUUUAUAUCGACACAACUCUCAAAGAGGUGCGAAAGUAUAUUUUAACUUAACCAUUAAAACACGAUUUUUUAAAAUAGUUUGCAUGUAAAGAAUUUUGAAACUAAGGCUCCAGUAUAAUUUAUUUUCGUGUGUACAAGAUGGGGAAAGGAUUAUUAGUCACUCAAAAAUCCUAAUUCCAGAAUUUUACUUACGUCUCUAAAAAUAUUGGCAUUAAAAGAAAAAAAAAUAUGUCAUCUCAACAUUCAUUCCAUUUGAUGAAAGGUAAUAGAAACGGGAGUUACAGGUGUACUGGGUAAAGAAAAGCUCUUACGUCAGUAUCAUGUGCUAUUAAGGCAUAUGUGAUGCAUGUAUAAAAAAAAACACGUGCGAUUGAUAAGUAGUCUGUACACCUAUUUUGUACAUAUACGAUACAAUAAAAAAAUUUCACAACUUCUAAAA